CUCGGCUCCGACGGCGCUGAUGUAUGGGGCCGCCUCAGAAGUCGAAUACCCUGAAACCGGCCCUGCAUCUCCCGCCUCCCGCCUCCCGCCGCCGCCCCGCACAUCCUCAGCCUUGAGCCAGCCAGGAACGGACCUUUGCGCCUCCCACCGGGUUGGGGAUGGAGUCACCAUUGGGGAUCCCCUUGGAUGAGCCUAUGGCAUUUUCUCCCCUCCGGGAGCCGUCCCAAGCGGAGGGUUCGCUAAGGAAAUGUGAGCAGAAUUUUAAACGGUCAGGUGUUAAAAAAGAUAUUGAGAAGCUUUAUGAAGCUGUACCACAGCUUGGUAAUUUGUUUAAGAUAAAGGACAAAAUUGGAGAAGGCACUUUCAGCUCUGUUUAUUUGGCCACAGCACAGUUACAAGUAGGAGCUGAAGAGAAAAUUGCUCUAAAACACUUAAUUCCAACAAGUCAUCCUGUAAGAAUUGCAGCUGAACUUCAGUGUCUGACAGUGGCUGGGGGGCAAGACAAUGUCAUGGGAGUCAAGUACUGCUUUAGGAAAAAUGAUCAUGUAGUUAUUGCCAUGCCAUAUCUGGAACAUGAAUCCUUUCUGGAUAUUUUGAAUUCUCUUUCCUUUCAAGAGGUACGGGAAUAUAUGUUUAAUCUGUUCCGAGCUUUAAAACGCAUUCAUCAAUUUGGUAUUGUUCACCGUGAUGUGAAACCCAGUAAUUUUUUAUAUAAUAGACGUCUGAAAAAGUAUGCUUUGGUAGACUUUGGUUUGGCCCAAGGAACCCAUGACACGAAAAUAGAGCUUCUCAAAUUUGUCCAGUCUGAAACUCAGCAGGAAAGUGAUUCACAAAAUAAAUCACAUGUUAUCACAGGAAACAAGAUUUCAUUGAGUAGCCCAGCGGCACCUAAGGAGGUGGAUCAGCAGCCCACCACAAAAACUUCUGUUAAAAGACCCUACACUAAUGUACAGAUUCAGAUUAAACAAGGAAAAGAUGGAAAGGAGGGAUCUGUAGGCCUUUCUGUCCAGCGCUCUGUUUUUGGAGAAAGAAAUUUCAAUAUACACAGCUCCAUUUCACAUGAGAGCCCUGCAGUGAAAUUUAUGAAGCAGUCAAAGACUGUGGAUGGAUUGUCUAGAAAAUUAGCAACAAGAAAGAAGGCUAUUCCUUCAAAGGGUAUGAAUAGUGGUGUGAUGAGGAAAACUGCCAGUUCCUGCCCAGCAACCCUGACCUGUGACUGUUACGAAACAGAUAAAGUUUGUAGUAUUUGCCUUUCAAGGCGGCAGCAGGUUGCCCCUAGAGCAGGUACACCAGGAUUCAGAGCACCAGAGGUCUUGACAAAGUGCCCCAAUCAAACUACAGCAAUUGACAUGUGGUCUGCAGGUGUCAUAUUCCUUUCUUUGCUUAGUGGACGCUAUCCAUUCUAUAAAGCAAGUGAUGAUUUAACUGCUUUGGCUCAAAUUAUGACAAUUCGUGGAUCUAGAGAAACUAUACAGGCUGCUAAAACAUUUGGUAAAUCAGUUUUAUGUAGCAAAGAUGUCCCAGCACAAGACUUAAGAACACUCUGUGAGAAGCUUAGGGGUCUAGACUCUAAUAUUCGCAACUUAACCAGUAAUGUACAAAGGCCUGCUUCUCAAGAGACAGUUUAUUCAAAGAAGACUAUCCAUAAAGCUUCCUACCUCAGAGAAACACCUGAAGAACAGCACUUAGGGAAUUCAUUGUAUAAAGAAGACAGUAAUGAUUAUAGGAGUCAUUUUGAUGAGUGCACUGCCAGUUUCGAAGGCUGGGAUCAAGUACCAGAUGAAGCUUAUGAUUUGCUAGACAAACUUUUGGAUCUAAAUCCAGCUUCAAGAAUAACAGCAGAAGCAGCUUUGUUGCAUCCAUUUUUUAAGGGCAUGUGUGCAUUUAAGUUACCAGUCUAUUGGGACUUAAGAAACUGGGCAGAUCUGGGAGUUGAGGAGCAGGUGGGAGAAAAGGUUGACAGCUUUUCCCUUUCUUUCCACCACUCAGUUCAACUGUCCGGCGGCAUGGUUCACCUCCCAGCUGCAAUGGCAGAGCGCGGCCGAACAGGUCGAGUCUGGGCUAAUUGCCUCUUCCCACUCAGUUCCACUGGAAAAUUCCAAAAGGGAGCAUUUCAUUGGCCGAAGGAAAGCUACAUACCUGAUCUGUCAGACCCACCAAAAUAA